AUGAACGAGUGUUAUGGGCUGACUCAGAUCAUCGCUCUCUGUUUCCAUCUGACACAAGAAACAGAAGGGGAGGGGUGGAGCUUGUUAAGAGAUGAUUGGGCCAGCCCAGUGUCAGACUUUCUUAAAACAGUGGACAUCAUUGUAUCAGAUGAAUUUAAAAACACAUGGGAAGAAUUGAACAAUGAUGAUACAACAGGAAACAAAAGCACUGAACUUCUGCAAGCUAUUGAGACUAUAAGUGAUUGUCUUUCCAGUGACAGUUUUGUUAUUAGUCAAUCCUCCAUUCAGUUAACUAGAACAACAAUUGAAAACUCAUUUAUUGGAACAUCUCUACUACCAAACUCAACUACUCAGAUUAUGAUACCAAAUGUUGAACCGACCCUCAUAACCAUUAUUAUCUUCACAAAGCUUGACAAUGUUUUACCAACUCGAAAUACUUCUAAUAAUGACAACAAGACAUCAGAAAACCACAUCAAUGGAGACGUGGUUGUAAUAAAGGUUCACGAAAAUAUUAACAAUAUUUCAUUAACUUUUGACAUUACAAAUACAUCAUUAAAAAAUCCUCAGUGUGUCUUUUGGAACUUUGAUCUCGAUCACUGGGAUUCAACUGGAUGUGAAGUCAAGCGCUCAGGGAAUGAAACAAUUACAUGUGAAUGCAACCACACAACCUCUUUUUCAAUCCUGAUGUCUGCAAUUGAUAACCCAGCCUUAGACUAUUUAACAUACAUUGGUGUAGCUAUUUCAAUGGCCAACUUGAUUCUGUGCCUCAUAAUUGAAAUGAUCGUAUGGAAGUCAGUGACAGGAAAUGAGACGUCAUACAUGCGUCACGUUUCAAUAGUCAACGUCGCUUUGUCGCUUUUGAUCGCAGAUAUCUGGUUUAUCAUUGGAGCUGCAACUGCAAAUCCAGGACAACCUACACCAGUGAAUCCCUGCAGUGCAGUGGUUUUCUUCAUUCACUUUUUUUACCUGGCUCUUUUCUUCUGGAUGUUCAUUUCAGCACUUUUGCUCUUAAACCGCACUGCCAUGGCUUCAUCUCAAAUAUCCAGGGCUAAAAUAAUGGUCAUUGCGUUCACAGUUGGUUAUUGUGCACCUUUGCUCAUAGCGGUUAUUACCGUUGCAUCCACAGCUGGAGCUGGUAAAUAUAUUUGGAUGAGAGAUGCAUGUUGGCUGAACUGGUUUGAAUCUAAGGCUCUGCUGGCAUUUGUGAUUCCAGCUCUGACUAUUGUUGCCUUUAACCUCCUGGUUUAUAUUGUGUGUAAGAUAUUACGGAGAGGAGUUGGUGCUCAAUCAGAUGAGAGUAAUACUCUUGUGGUCAUUGCCCGAUGUCUGGUCAUUCUGACUCCUAUCUUUGGUCUAACAUGGGGAUUUGGCAUUGGAACCAUGGUGUCAUCUAACUUUGGCAUUCAUGUGGUGUUUGCAAUCCUCAAUUCACUGCAGGGUUUCUUUGUUUUGGUGUUUGGGACGCUUUUAGACAGAAAGGUUCAAGAGUCACUGCCAGCAAAGCUGUUAUUACAGAACCUCCGUUCCAGAAAUACUCCGGGUUCAUUUGAGAGAAGGAUGCAAAGGAGAAAUGUGAUCUAUAACAAUAGGCCUACAUCUGAAGCUUCAUCUUCAAGUGGCUCCAUUGCAUCAGAUACCUUCAUGAAUGAUUGAUUAACUACAGUAUUAACUCCAGGCAACAGUCUCAAGAAGUAAAAUUACUGUACCAUAUCCUAUACCAGAUGCUGGGAUUUGUGCUUGCUGGGACGCCUUCUGGCAGACAAUGGGACUGCAAUACUUUAACAUUAACGAGAGACUUCCUGGUUUUUAAAUAAAUGUGAAAUAUUGUAGCCUUAAGUUACUCAGUCUACAGUAAAAUGUUCAGACAAGCAAACAAAAUAUGAAAAUUGGCUCUGGUCUGCCCCGCCCCCAAACUCUGCCUAUACUGCAUGGAUAGACCCUCCAGAAAACACUUAAAAAAGGAAUAA